AUGGCGCCUUCUCUUGCCCCACAGAUGACCCUAAGUCCGGGUGCUACACCGAGCAAGCAGCCACGGCGGAUGGUGCCGAUUAUUCCUGCUAUACCGAGAAGUCUCGAGAAGCGGAAGCUCAAACAGGAUGUGAAGGGUAAUGAAGAUGGGGGAGGAGUUGGCAGUCCAAUUCGCCCAAUUCCUGGCGAAGGAAAAGAAGGGUCACAAGAGACUGCUGUAGCAGUGCAGAACGAAGCUCUCAACGGCUUAGAUACGAAAGAUGAUGUGCAAGGAAAUGUUGUGCAAGAGGCUGUUGUUGAGGCUCCAGAAAAUGCAGGCUCGGAGAAAGAGGUUGCUACUGUUGGAGGUGACUCUACAUUCCAAAGUACUCUCGUCCCGGGAACAAACGAACAAAAGUCAACAACCUCAGCAGCGGAUGGCAUCAAUCUCUCCCCAGUCCAUGCCGAAGACUUCGGAAUAGAAAAGCACGGGUUUCGCCUGCCUCCGCCCUUCUAUCCGAAGCGGUCUCCGCCACCAGCCAUCUCAACCGAUUUCUCUUCCGCGAAUGAGAAAGAUAUCGCUUCGGAAGAGACCUCGCAGUCCGUUGAGGAAGAGGAUGGCAGCAACAUGAGCCAGCAGUCUUCAGCUGAGAAUCAUGUAACCCUCAAUGCUGCUGCGCCAACCUUCCAUGCUCAUCCAACCCCUCCCACCGAUGUCACCACCUCUCCAACAGAGUCGUCUUACAAAGGGUAUGAUCUAGCCCAGUCGAUCCAUUUGCAACAAGAAUCUACACUGCCUACUGAUGAUACCCUGUCUCCUAUACAACAACCCUAUCAAGGCUAUGAUAUUAGCCAGAACAUCUCAUUCUACGCACCACCUCAAUCAUCGGAUGACCCGUCUUCUCCGGAUCACUCCAUUUAUCAGGGGUAUGCUUACGCACCUGCGUCUUAUGAAUAUUCUCCGCAGUCUCAUCCGUCUCAGCACCCCAUUGACCUUCCACACGGUACCCAAGUCGGUGUUCCUUAUGAACAAACCUAUGAGCCACAACCGCCAUACUACAGCAAUCAGUCACCCCAUCCUAUCUUAGGAAGUCAACCACCGCUCACUCCUUCUAGGACACCACUGGAUCCCUCAGCCCAGCCAUGGAGCUGUUCCAACGGACCGCCGACGACGCCCUUCAGCUACGGUUACAUGCCCUCAUUUCAUCCGCAACCAACGUCUGAAUCAUGUUUUCCCUCAACGUCUCAUGAAAUCUUGAAGUCGGAUGAGUUUGCUCGGGAGGCUGAUGUUGUCGACAACACGCCCAAGCCGGUCCAAUUAAACGUCGUUGAAAAGAAAACAGCCCAACUGCUCAGAGAUUCCUGGCGCAAUCUAAACGAUUGUAUGUCGAGUCACGUGCCGCUGGUUGAACAUCUACUACAACAAUUCAACAAUGAGGAGUACGCCGACUGCCAGUUGACUCUCGUACACGAGAAUCUUCGGUUUGAGAAAAUAACGUGGUCACUCAGUAGCCUAUUGCUCGCCCAAAGCAACAAGUUACGGGAUCUACUCAAGUCAGCCGGUCAGAGCGCAGAGGGGAAGAGACGCCUAGAGAUAAGACUAACCGAUCGCUUUGUAACGCCGUGGGCCAUGAAUUCAGCACUUCGAGUCCUCUACGGCGAGCGCCCAGAGAUGUUCACGCUCGCUAUGAUCCACAGCACUUUCGACGCAAAUGCUGAAACGUGGGCUUUCCAAAUGGAUGCAUGUCUGGCUUUUACUGCGGCUGGCCACGUCCUAGGUUUGGAGAACGUUGUCUUGAAAGGUCUGCAAAUCGCACAUUCCAUACUUGAUUGGGAGAACCUGGAGAACGCGCUCUCAUUUGGUCUGGAAAGCGGACCCAAUCGUGGAACCAGCGCCUCGGUUGAUGUGAUUCCUCUCUCUUCCUAUUCCACAGUGUGGCCACGCGAAAGCGAUCAUCCUUCUGCUCUCAACCUGACCCCACCAUCGUCAAGCACAGAAUCCCGGCCAGAACACUCUGAUCAGCCCGGCGCUAGAGAUGAAGGCAUAUCGUCUGUCAAUUCUUACACAGCAGAGGUUCGCAGUGCAUGGGAUCUGCAAAUGCGUUGCCUUCAAUGGAUGGCAUCCAACCUUGACGACUUCUGGCAUUUCGAUCCGUCUGCCAGACCGUUGGCCGAAGUCGAUCGGUUGCCUACGACCGCGGAGAGCCGUUCACCCUUGUUCAAGUCCCGUCUGAGCCGGAUUCAAUUCGGCGAUCACCCUUCUGAGUUGCAUGCCAAAGCAAGCAAUCGCAAUUUUCUUGUCUCUAGCAUCGUGCUCUCUCUACCAUUCGCGGCUUUAAAGUACCUGCUCGAAGUUGGGACUCAACCUAUCUCGCGUCAAUUACAUGCGAUAGUAAAAGAGCGAGAACGAAGACGCCAGAUUGUGCUGCAGAGUAAGAGCGUGCCAUGGAGUCAACGACUGACCGCUAGAGAGCAUGAGUGGGCAGAGGUCGGAUACACAGAACGGGUAGAAACGACUGGCGAUGGACAAGUCUCUCUGGCGAGAUGCUUCACCGGCAUCGAUCGACAGGCGUCUGAACCAAGCACGCCAGACAAGCAGAAGAGAUAG